UGUUAUUUAAAGUACGGUAAAUAUUAUUGAGGUAGAAUAACAUAUCUGGAAUGAAAUGUUCAAUAAACUAUCUGAAUAGAUGUUGAAUUUGUAGGAAAUGUAUGAUUUCUCUUGAAAGUUUCGGAUCCCUCCUCGUUGGUUAAUAUAAAAAGCAUGCAAAUCGAUUGCUGCUCACUGCUCUUCAUCAAUAGCAACUAAUAGUUCUCUCUGUGCCCAGUUAGUUGAACUUAGCAGACCAGUGGCAGAGGUUCGUGAACCGCAGUAAACGUGACGAAAAUGAAACCAAAGGUGAGUUCUGUGCAUCGACCAUCCAAGAUGUGUUCAUUUAGCAUUGCGAAUGUCAUGCACAGCUAUCGAUUGCAUCACUACUUCCACUGCUAUUAGCAAUUGCGGCGAUGAGGCACCAAGUAAACAUUCCUGAAUCUGGCAGUGCUUCUAGCACAUCAAAAGAAUCUUCGGAAACAGAUCUGUGCGAGGACUACGAUUAUAUUUCCAAGUGGAAUGAUAAGCAGUUAAAGAUUAAUGACCAAUUAAGGGACUUUCAGUUGGUAAUGGACUCGAUAAAAACUUCUUUCAAUAGAACCACAUCUAUAGAGAAAUGCUGUUUCUAUGAAAACAACUCAAUGGUACUAUUAAUUGAAAAUGUCAAUGAAAUUGAUCCAGUUAACCAAAUUCAAUUCAGCAAAGAUCUUUCAACGAAUCUCAAAAAUAUAAUUUCUAAAAUCAAGAAAACAGUCGUGAAGGCCUUUAAUAGUUGCUGUGAAAAUUUGCGAGGUGUAAUCGAAAAGGUAAAGGGAGAGGUAGAACAGAAAGUAAAGGAUAUAGAGCUAAAAUAUAAAGAGAUGGACAUCGAAAGUUCUAAAAGGAGUGACGGUAUUCGGAAAAAGGUAAAACAACUGGAGGGCCGAAUGGAAGCUGUGAAAUCAAGUUUGGAUAAACUUCAAAAGGAAAUGGAUAAAAAUGAUGGGAAAACCAAUUGUGGUGAAGAAUUAAAGGAACAACUUUCGGUUUUGGAUAGUAACAUUAGCACAUACAAAAAUGAGGCAGAUAACGAAUUCCACAAAUUAAAUAAUCAACUCAAAGAUAUACAGGAAAAGCUAUGGAAUCAAGAUAAAAUAUGUGAUGCAUUUAAAAAAACUUUAGAGGACGGUGCCGAAAGUAUCAAAAAUAUAAUCGACAAGUCCAAAAACAACUGCGGGAAUAUGAAUAGUAGUCCAGAUAAGCAAAUUCAAAAGGAGGACUUAAUUAAUUUAAAAAAGAAAACCGAAAACCUUCAGAGGCUGGUUAUAAACCUUACCAAUAAAAUGGGCAACUUUGACCAUCAGGGAUCGUCAACAAGUUUUAGUGUAACGUUAAAUACCUGCAUGACAAAUAAUGCAAAACUUCAUAUAAUUCAAUCUUUACUUCAGGAAAUGAUAAAACAACAAAAUCAAAGAUGUUCUAAGGCAACAAAAGAAAUGACUAUAAAUGGUAGUCCACCAGGUAGUCUAAGCUGUUCCUCAGAUGAACAGCUGAAGGAACGUUUGAAAACACUACAAAAUGAAUCUGCAAUUCUGGACGACGAACUUAAAAAGUUCCCCAAGUGCUGCCAAAAAAUUGAUAAGCUUAACGUACAGGCGGAACAAAUAACUAACGAACUUCAGAUCAUGAACAAAACAUACAAUAAUCAAAUUAAAGACAAUACCAAUAAAUUUAAUUCGUUAAAGGAUGGCUUGGAUGUAAAUGUUAGAAGGAUGGGCCAAAUUAAUUCUUCAAACGUUAAUAAUAGUGUUCAAAAGCAAGUAAAAGAACUUCAAAGUAAGGUAUAUAAAGCUGCCAUAAAUUUAGAGGCAUUAAAAGAAACUCAAGAUGAUUUCAUAAAGCUUAUGGAGAGUACCAAACAUCUAAAAGCUUCGCCCAAUGAGAUGGAGAAGCUAAGAAAAGAUUUCGAAGAGUUCCGACUUAAAAUUCUUAAACAGUUAGUCGAUUAUGAUCAGAAAAAGAUACAAGAACCAUCAACUGAUGCUAGACAGCGCGAGAUACGAGUACAAAAAAUCCACGAUAAUGUUCGCCAGGACAUGGAUAAAUUGAAUAAUACUAUUCAGCUCCAAGACAAACUAAAAAUGAAGGCCCAAGAUGAAAUAAAAAAACAGAAAACGCCAUCAAAGCUUAUGCUCGAUUGCGAAAGAAAGUGCAAGGAAAUGGACCAAUUCGAUAAACUCCUAAAUCUUAUAAAAGAAGCAAAAAAUCUGGUUAAAAUGAAGGGUGAAAAAACUACGACGAAGCCAACUAAGAAAUAUAUCCCAAAGAAGAAAAAAAAAAAUAAACCCAAGCCGAAGCCAACACGAAAAUGGUCUGGGGUCCUGGUUGGGGGCAUCGAUUUUGACCGCAAUCGGGAUGUACUUAAUGGGAAGUAUAUUAAAUAAUGUUGUAUUCGGA